UUGAAUUUCAAAUUCUUUUGACGUGUGUGUGCUUCGUGGGCAUGUAGGGUUAUCGUCAUUAAUAAUUUACUUACAAUUUUCAUGUAUCUAAGUGUAAAUUUAAGCAUUUUAUCUGCAUCAACGCGAAUUUUUGUUAUUUGAAGUUUUAUUAAGAAGCGAACAUGAGUCGUUUCUUUGCGACUGGUACGGAUUCUGAGUCCGAAAGCUCCAGUGAAGAGGAGCAGGUAGUUCGUGCACCAGCUCCCGUCUAUACUUUCAGUGAUGAUGAGGAGGAAACUAAGCGUGUUGUGCGCUCUAUGAAAGAAAAAAGGUACGAAGAAUUGGAAGGUAUAAUCCAUUCAAUCCGUAACCAUCGCAAGAUCAAAGAUUUCUCUUCAGCCUUAGCUUCUUUUGAAGAACUGCAAAGGGCAUAUACUCGAGCAGCUCCGGUAGUCCAAAAAGAAGAAAAUGGUAUUGCACCGCGGUUCUUUAUUAGAGCUUUAGUAGAAUUAGACGAUUGGGUUGCCGGCGCCUGGGCAGAUCGCGAUGCACGGAAGGCCCUGUCCAAAGGCAAUAGCAAAGCUCUAACAUCUUUACGUCAGAAGUUAAGAAAGUAUGAAAAAGAUUUUGAUGCAGAGAUAACCAAGUUCCGCGAAAAUCCUGAUUUACCUGAUGAUGAUGAAGAGCGAAAAGAUACAUCAUCAUCUGAUGAGUCUGAUGAUGAAGACAAGAUCAAGGAGAAAGUUCGAGUACGUCGUUCUCCUGAACCUCCGCGUCGCCCUCCUCCUCAAGAUGAUGAGUCCUCAGACUCUAUGGAUUGGGGGUCAAGUUCUUCAGACUCCAGUUCAAGUUCGGAUGACGAAGCCCGCGGCGCGGCCACCUUGAGGGAGCGGUUCCUUAAGAAAACCACUGAGAGGGAUGAUGAUGAGGAAAGAGACAGGCGCCGCGCGAGGAGGGAAAGACGUGAGAGGGGAGCUGGUAAGAUCAGCAAGAGAGAUCAAACUGAUGAUGGAGGUGAAUGGGAAACUGUGAGAAAGGGGGCAGCUACUUCGGAUAAGCCGAAAAUGUUCGCCAAGGACAGUGACAUUGACGCCGCUUUAGUAGUGAAGAAACUGGGAGAGAUAAGUGCAGCUCGUGGCCGCAAGCGUACCGAUCGUCGCGCACAACUUGAGUUACUGCACGAACUGCGCACAGUCGCUCAACAACACAACUUAGGUGACGCCCUUCAACUUAAGCUGCGUGCCGCCACUGUCGCCGCGUUGUUUGACUACAACCCUAAAGUCUCUGACGCCAUGAAACCUGAAUAUUGGUCUAGAUUGGUGGAGAAUGUCGACCAUAUGGUGACUCUCCUUCUAGCUCAUGAAGAAAUGCAACUGAGUGAGACUAUUACUGAGGAAAAUGAAGAAUUCGUAACUGCCCCCUUCCGUGUACGUGGUUGUGUUUUGACAGCUUUAGAACGCCUCGAUGACGAGUUCACUAAACUGCUGAAGGAGUGUGAUCCUCACUCAAACGAGUAUGUGGAGAGACUUAAGGAUGAAGUCCGCGUCUCCGCGCUCAUAGACCGCGUGUGCCUAGUUGUCGAACGCGAUGGAUCACCGCAGGAAGUUUGUCGCGCUUAUUUGCGUAAAAUAGACCAUUUGUACUAUAAAUUUGAUCCACGCGCGGUGAAAAAAGACUCUCCUCCCGGCGAGGAAACGACCGUUAAGAAAAUGGAGCGUCUCUGCAAAUAUAUUUACGCGCACGACGAGACCGAUCGUCUGAGGACUCGCGCUAUUUUGUCGCACAUCUAUCACCACGCUUUGCACGACAACUGGUUCCAAGCUCGCGAUCUUCUCCUCAUGUCUCACCUGCAAGAGACAGUCCAACAUUCCGACCCGAGCACUCAGAUCUUGUACAAUCGGACCAUGGCUAACUUAGGACUCUGCGCUUUCCGCCGCGGCAACGUGAAGGAAGCGCAUGGAUGCUUGGCGGAGUUGAUGAUGACAGGUAAGCCGAAAGAGUUGCUCGCUCAAGGUCUGCUGCCUCAGCGUCAGCACGAGCGCUCCAAGGAGCAGGAGAAGAUAGAGAAACAGAGGCAGAUGCCGUUCCAUAUGCAUAUUAAUCUUGAACUACUGGAAUGCGUGUAUUUGGUAUCUGCGAUGCUGAUUGAGAUUCCAUACAUGGCGGCCCACGAGUUCGAUGCGCGCCGUCGUAUGAUCAGUAAGACGUUUUAUCAAAAUCUGCGCGCAAGCGAGCGACAGGCGCUGGUGGGGCCGCCAGAAUCCAUGCGAGAGCACGCCGUGGCAGCAGCUAGAGCGAUGCGCCGCGGGGACUGGCGAGCCUGUCUUAACUUCAUUGUUAAUGAGAAAAUGAAUGCUAAGGUUUGGGAUCUUAUGGUUGGCGCCGACAACGUCCGUGCAAUGCUCGGUCGUUUAAUCCGAGAGGAAUCGCUCCGCACUUACUUGUUUACGUACGCGCACGUAUACGCGUCGCUGUCACUUCGUUCGUUGGCUGACAUGUUUGAACUGCCGCGUCAACGUGUUCAUUCCCUAGUGUCGAAAAUGAUCAUCAACGAAGAAUUGUUGGCAUCUCUCGAUGAUCCUAGCGAGUGCGCCAUAUUGCAUCGUUCAGAGCCAACUAGGAUGCAAGCUCUCGCGCUUCAACUUGCCGAUAAGGUUGGUAAUCUGGUUGAUUCCAACGAGCGAAUCUUCGAGAAGCAAGGCUCCUUCUUCCAGAGGGGCGGGGCAGGUCGCGGUGAGGGUCGUCAAAGAGAACGUCCUCGGGACGGCUGGGGACGUAGGCAAAGGAAUCGCAGACGCGACGACGAACGCGGACACGACGAUUAACCUCUACAUGAGUGGAAUAAAACCCGUGCAGUGUACCACAAACUCUAUAGUUCACAUUCACUUUGCGACGGUUGUAACGGUUUUGCUUGUUGCAUUUAACUAUUUACUUUCUAGAGACCAUAAUACCUCUCUUAUUAUUUUCUUAAUUCAACAACUUAUCGUUACAACCGUCGCAAAAUGAGAAAAUCAGUGCUUGAUUGCAAAAUCUAUUAAAAAAUCAAAAAUACGAUAACUUCAAAUCUGUUCAAUUAAACAUAUUUUCAUGGCAGAAAUUUUAUAUACCAUG